CUAACGUUAACUACGUUCAUAGUAGGCUAGGUAAUGUUCACAAACCUUGAUCGAGCUCUGUUGCCCGUCGGCUUCAACUGAAUAGAAACGCAUUGGCAUAAGUUAGAUUUUGGGACAUUGACUUAUGUCUGUACCACAGUAUAGAUGCAAGUCACUACACCUUAAUGCACCCACCCAAGACACAGUCGUAGUUUGCCAUCUCGGACGGAAAAGUGAAACUAGUAAUGGCUAACUUGCAGUGCUAUCAUAGCUAUCGGGAGCGAAGCCGGGCAUCCGAUAGUGUACGUUGACCUGUAACGUUAUUGCUUUGAGCGAACUGAUGUCGGGUUUUCUAAUUCUGUGAUUGAUAGUAGUUAACGAUUAUUUUAUUUAUGGUAUCGGUUUAGCUAGCUGGACUCCCAUAUUAAGUACACUACCGACUAUAUCCCUGUUUUAAUUACGUAUUUUACGUGCACCUUGGACAGACGCGUCUUUUGCGGAUUUGGCUACCUCUAACGUUUUUGACCUGUGUUAGCCAAAUUGGCUUUCUCUGUCUUUAAAUAUUGUCGAACCUUGGUUAACGGUAAUGUUAGGUAGCUAGCUGUUCAGCUAAAAUGUUGUUUUCAGUUCUUUCGACGUGUACACACUCGCCAACUAGCUAGUCCAGUCUGAGGAGUUAACCGUGAAAACGUGUUGGUGCUCUCGGGACUACAACUUGGACGCAUUGGAAUGUGAAUGUAGCUAGCUCUGUAAUGCUCAAACUCCGAAAAGGAACACAAGUAGUGUCCUGAGGCGUGAGGUCAUCUGAUCCUAGCCUGAGGGGCGGAGCCUCAGAAAGAGCAGGACAGAGGAAGGCAGUCACACCGAGGGGAGGAACCUGAUGCCUGGGAGAUGUGAAUAUAUAAUGAGUUCCUGCAGACCAGCCCCCUACAGGGAACCACGGAAACCACCCUCCACAAUUCACCCCGCCUGGAGGUUUGCAACUAUGCACCUCAAGCCAUACCCUAAGUUCCAGAAGAAAGAACUGCAACUGGAGUUGAGCCAGGACGAUGCCCGAGGCCUUCAUGCUUGUCAGCAGGGGGCGCUGAUGGCGGAGCGGCCUGCAAGACCGCCGUGCUCAUCGGGUUCCGUCCCGGGCAACGGGACUGCCAGCCGCCAACCCCUCAGCGUCAUCUCCACCAAUACGCUCUGCAAGACCUCCAGCCCCCCUCCCAAAGCCGGCGGCCAGCCUCCCAGCAGCCCCUGGGGCCGGAAGGGCACCCCGCUCCCCGUCUCUGUGCUGCUCUUGUCGUCCCUGCCCGAACAGGGGGGCUCGCUGACCCUGUACCAGGGGGACAGCGGGGACGGGCAGCUGGACAUCUGGGCCGUCAUCAAGCCCGGCAACACCAAGGAGAAGAUCGCCAUCUUCGCUGGCCAGCAGUGCAGGCGGCCCAGCGCUCCUGCUGCCGGGGGUGAGAGAGGGGGCGAGGUUCCCUCCAGCCCGCGGACGGUCUCCAUGAAGGCCAAAGGGUGCUGGGAGGUAGAGGGGUCUGUGGCCAAGCGCAGGAAACGCUCCUCUGACCCAGACAAGAGGCGCAGCCCCGAGCAGCCCCCGUCAGGAUGCAGAGGAGGCGAACAGGAGGCUGAGGAGGUGGAAGUGCUCCACGGGGAGGAGGAGGAGGAGGAGGAGGGGGAGGAAGAGGAGGAGGGAGGAAAGACUCUCUCCGUGGUGGAGAUGGUGGCCUACUUGGAGCAGAGGGCUAACGAGCAGCAGGUGGACUGCUCCAAACCGCUCCACCUGCGCAGCUCGGGGCCAGUCACCAUGCCCAAGGCGGGGUCCCCGCCCCCGGAGGACCAGCCGGGAGGACCGGAGGCCUGGGAAGGCCGGGAGGAGGAGGGCGAGAGCGUGCGCGUGCUGGACAUGGUGGCCAAGCUGGAGUCGGAGUGCCUGAAGAGGCAGACGGAGCGGGAGGGUGGCGGCCUAUCCCGCAGCAACAGCCUGCGGAGGAGCGUGUGCCGGGUGCUCCUGGCCGGGGCCGGCUCCACCCCCACGCCCCCUGGCUCCGCCCCCACGCCCGCCCCCGCAGCAGAGUCCCGGGGCGAAGCCGCGCCCUCGGCCCCAGUCAGCCCGGCCUGCGGGGCAGAGCCGGGGGGCAUGCACAGGGAGGAGUGCGUGUGCUCGGAGUCAGCGGCCCAACCCUGCACACAGCAGGAGGUGGUGGAGGAGGGGCAGGAGGAGGCGGCAAGAGCGGGGAGCAGCUCCCGCGCUGAACAACGCGAGGAGCCGCUCCCGGGGAUGCUGUUCUUCUCCUGCAUGCAGGAGAAGCAGCCCUCCGAGCCCGCCCGGGACAGCCCCUCUGUGGAGGAGGAGGAGAGAGGAGCCAACGAGGAGGUGGUGGAGGAGGGAGAGGAGCUGGAGGUGGAGAUGGUGCUGGCUCACGGGGAGAAGGAGGAGGGAGUGGGGAGCCCUGAGAGGGUGUCCUGUCCUCUCCGCAGGCUGGUCUCCCACAGGUUCCUGGAGAUGCGCUUCAAGAUCCAGCUGCUCCUGGAGCCACAGCAGUACAUGGCCCUCCUGCCGCAUCACAUCAUCGUCAAGAUCUUCAGCCUGCUGCCCACGCAGACGCUGGCUGCACUCAAGUGCACCUGCCACUACUUCAAGUUCGUCAUCGAGAGCUACGGCGUGCGGCCGGCCGACUCGCGCUGGGUGUGCGACCCCCGCUACCGGGACGACCCCUGCAAGCAGUGCAAGAGGCGCUAUGGGCGGGGCGACGUGUCCCUCUGCCGCUGGCACCACAAGCCCUACUGCCAGGCCCUGCCCUACGGCCCGGGCUACUGGAUGUGCUGCCACGGCUCGUACAAGGACACGCCCGGCUGCAACGUGGGUCUCCACGACAACCGCUGGGUCCCUGCCUUCCACAGCAUCAACAUGCCAGUUUACAAGAAAGCCAGGGAGAGCGAGGAAGACUCGUAGUGAGGGUGAGAGAGGGGGCACGGGCACGGGCACGGUGUGCCUUUUUAUUUCUGAGGGCUUUGUGUGUGUGCACGUGCGCGCGUGUGACAGACCAGGUUGCUGACACCAAUAAGGAAUCACUGGACACCCCGUUCCCCCACCCCCCAACCUCACAUCUAACGUGGUUCUUCAAGAAAAAUGUCAGCACUUUAGCAAGACGGAGUUUUUCAAAGCAUUAUGGUUUCACUACUGCUUGAUUUGUUGUCAACCGGCAUUAAUUGUUUUUGUUUUUUUCCAUGAGGAUUUCGGUGCUGUCCUGUCUUAUCCAAAAAGGCCAAUGCAGGUGCAUGUUUUUGUUUUCGCCCGGCACUAUGACACCUGAUUCAACUAACUAAUCUUGGUCUUCAAUCUUGAAAAGUAGAAUGAGGUGUCUGGGUUACAGCAAAAACCUGUACCCACGUUGGCCCAUUUCAAAUCAAAUUGGAAAAGAAAGACAUUCAACUUUUUUUCUUUUUUGUUACGAGUACAAUGUACAAUACAAUAUCUUCAACUCCCAACAGAUUUAUAAACCAUUGUUAUAGCCAAUAUUUUUUCCCCCAAUGCAAAUGUUUAUCUGCAAUGCAAAUAACAUGAAAUAUUGCUUUCUCACUAUACCCAUAUAUGUGAAUUACUAAAUUAUGUUGGGUGUAAUGGCAAAGAGGCAAAAUGGCUUUUUAAAUGAAAUAAUGUGAAUUUACCUAAUCCUACCACCUCUCCCUGCUCCCAAUCAUCCGUUUAAUAUUCUUAACCCCCUCAACCAGUGAUUUUGGCAAGACAGCCUGGGGUUUUCUUUUCCGAGUGAGUGGAGCCAUUUCUAAGCCCUGUUGCGUUUACAAUGUAUAUAAAGCGGAAUCCUAUAUCAGUACAGGGUAAGGAACGAUGGCAAGCACAGUAAGUUGUGGGUUUUUUGUUUUUUUGUGCAUUUAUUUUUACCCUCCACCUUGUGUACAUAUUUAAGAAAUGACAGCUUGUAUAUAGUUCCAGCACCGGCCCAACUGCUAACUCCAGUGAUACACCUGCAGAUACAGCCUUCGCCUACCGCCAGUGUUUUAAUGGUUCUCUCCUUUUUUUUUUUUUUUUUUUUAAAGCAUCUCUAUCCCUCAAUAAACAGAAGGGAAACAUUUAAACACAGAAAGUUGGGGCAAAUCAAAAUUCUCUGUUCUUUAUUAUGGCUUUAAACUGCACAUCAUUCGGCUUAAUAUAAAAAAGGAGGCAGGGUGAAUGGGAAUGGACGAUAAUCAUCUAAAAGAUAUUGUAUCCCUAUUUUUUAAAGGCAUUGUAUAGUGACCCUGCAAUGAUUUUAUUCUUUUUUUUUUGCAUUUUACAUUAAAGUGUGUGUUCUUAGAGGUUUCGCCCCUUCUGCCUUCUCUCUGUGGCCACAGCAUGAGGACGGAUUACAGGGAGGAUCAGCAUGGUGCUUCACCAAGGAAAAGGGAAUGACUCUGGCCUUAAUGCACUAAGGUGUGUCCAGGACAAUCUAGAAUUUUAGUUUGCCCCCUCUCAAGGGUUCCCACACUCCUUCAUAAUGCUUGAAAAUAGCUGCAAUCUUAGUCAUGGAAAGUGCUCACGCAUCCCUCUGUCCUUAAAGUGAGGGGGUAUUGGCCAAAUCGAGACUUCUAUCUUCUUGCCAAUUCAGUAGCUUGUUUUUGUUUUCUGAUAAGUCCUGAACUAACAGUGCAUGAUUUUUAAUGUGCCUCAGUCUGUCCACCCCCCCCCCCCCCCCAAUGUAACCCUAUUGCUCCAAGAAUAUUUAAAAUUGUGUAUUUAUUCUUUAAAAUUGAGACAUUAUUCUGACUGUGGGAACCCUACCCCCUUCCUGAAUCCCACAUGGUGUUCCGUUUCAGAUAUUGUUGUCGGUAAAUAAAGAACAUUUAAACGUAA